UCCAAUAUCAUAUACAAAACGUAUUUUAUUAAAUUUUAUGACAAACUCGAUCCUUACAUCAACAAAAGACAUUGAUAAGCUCUUAUAAACUAAAUCGAACAAAACUGGAUCAACAUAUCAAGAAAUCAGAGGACUCUAAUAAGAGAAUUCUUCGUUCAUGGGACUGAAAAGGGAAAUAUGAAAAAUUUCAGGGUCUAAAUUCAACUAACUGAAAAUUCAAGCAAAAUUUUCAAGUGUUCAAGUUUCAACACACGGAGAAAAAGAAAAUUGGGAAAAUAAGGGGAAAAGAAAACAGAGGCGAUCCCUUUUGUAGCUCUCCCUCACAUGCCUUCUCUCUGCAACGACGAGGAGGAGGCCUCCAUUUCAGCGACAGAGGAGCUCUGAAUACGUAUAUAUUUUUUUUUGCGGCUGAAAGGAUCCCAAUUUCGCCAGCCCUCUUUCGCCCUCGCCCUUCUCGUCGAUUCAGAGUCAUUAGCAGGAACGAACGCCAGUCUGUAGCCAACGGUGGUGGCGGUUGUAGUUUCGUUGUCAUUUACCGAGAAAUCUGUCGCACAUCGCCCCGCCAUGAGCUCAUUUUUUGUUGUGCCGUCACUUUACGGUUACCUCGCGCUCUCAUUUCACCCAACUGUGAGCGCGGGGAGAGGGAUUGAGGGCAAUAUGAUGUCGAAUUUCUCCUGUCCGCGUCGCUGGCUUUGGGGGUUUUGCUUCGAAUGUGGAAUAGCGUUGUUGCAUUGUGUGGAAAUGACAGCGACUUUUUGGCAGUCCCCCCCCUCUGUGUUUCUGUUUUCUUGUUUUAAACGGAUUUUCUCUAGAUCUUUUCUGGGGUUAACUGAAUUGUCUCAAAUUCUUUUCUCCCCAGAGUUUGGUACUUUGAGGGUUGCGGUAUGAAUUGAAGGAGAUCCUUUUAUGAGCGAUGAGUUUGAUUCAGCAAAACUGGAGAAUGGUCGUAUGUUGGAGAUAUACUGCUUGAUUUUGUGCCAUCAGUGGUGGUGGGGUCUGGAGGAAGAGGCGUGUUCGUUGUUUUUGGUUCGUAAGACAUGGCAGAUGCAGCAGGGUUAAUGGAGGCGGCUGGAACUAGAUUUAGUUCCUUGGAGUUGAUUGGUAGAGGAUCAUUUGGAGAUGUUUAUAAAGCGUUUGAUAAGGAGCUCAACAAAGAAGUAGCCAUCAAAGUUAUUGACUUGGAAGAAUCCGAAGAUGACAUUGAGGAUAUUCAGAAGGAAAUUUCUGUCUUAUCACAAUGCCGCUGUCCAUAUAUCACAGAGUACUACGGUUCCUAUCUUCAGCAAACUAAAUUAUGGAUAAUUAUGGAAUACAUGGCUGGUGGCUCUGUUGCUGACCUUGUAGUGCUUAUAAAGAUAACUCUUUUACAGCUUCAGUCGGGCCCUCCACUAGAUGAAACUUCAAUCGCUUGUAUUUUGCGUGAUUUGCUUCAUGCUGUUGAAUAUUUGCACAAUGAAGGAAAGAUUCACAGGGAUAUCAAAGCGGCAAACAUUUUGUUGAGCGAGAAUGGCGAUGUCAAGGUUGCAGAUUUUGGUGUUUCUGCACAACUUACAAGAACAAUCUCCCGAAGAAAGACUUUUGUUGGCACGCCCUUCUGGAUGGCUCCAGAGGUUAUUCAGAAUUCAGAUGGGUACAAUGAAAAGGCUGAUAUCUGGUCUCUCGGGAUAACUGCUAUUGAGAUGGCGAAGGGGGAACCUCCUCUUGCUGAUCUGCACCCAAUGAGGGUCCUUUUUAUCAUACCGCGGGAAAAUCCACCUCAGAGGCCAAGUGCUAAGGAACUCUUGAAGCACCGAUUUAUUAGAAAUGUGAGAAAGAGCCCGAGGCUUGUUGAGAGAAUAAGGGAGCGUCCAAAGUAUCCAAUUAGAGAUGGGGAAAGCCCAAAAAAUGGUACCCAAGCAAGAGGGGAAGCAUCUGAUACGGUCAAGGUGACUAGGGAUGUAAGGGCAGAUGGAACUGUUCAAGCCAGUGGUCCAAGAAAACCCCUGAAAAAUGCUGGGUGGGACUUCAGCAUUGGUGGAUCACAGAGUACGGGAACUGUUAGGAGUGCUUUAAGACCACCUCAGGUUAAGGAAAAGAAAGUUGAUGCGUCAUUCAAUAAGGUCAGUCAAAGAGAGACUUUGGAGCAUGGUAACCACUUGCUAUCUUCGUCUCGGAAUGCACUUCAGGAAUCAACUGAACCUUCCCGCGUUAAGGAUUCCCGGGAGCCAUUUUAUAAUGAUGAACAUCCAGAUGAUGAUGAUGACUUGGAUGCGAGUGGUUCUGGAACUGUGGUUAUACGAACUCCCAAAGGAUCUCAGUCAUCAUCUUCUUUUCGAGAUCAGAGUUCACCAUCUAGCACCACAUUAGCUUCCUUUGAUGAUGCAUCUACUAGUGGAACUGUUGUUUUCCGUGGCCAACAUGAUGAUUCUGAUUCUCCCCGGACUCCUAGAUCUAGAUUGGGGAUACAAGAGAGAAGCUCAAGUGUUUCUCAUGAAGACAGUGCUUCAAAUUUGGCUGAGGCAAAAGCAGCAUUGCAAGGAGGGGCAAGAAAAGGGAAUGCUAGAGAAAGGUCCGGUUUCAGCAAGGUCAACAAUGAUGGCCCUGAAAGUAGGAGGAAACAGCAAAUAACAAAUAGCUCUGAUUCUACCAGUUCUCAAGACUACCUUGAUGCACAAAAAGCCUUCGCAAAAUCACGCCAGUCAAGUAAUGAUGAAGAAAGUGCCAGAGUAAUCUCAUCGUCAGCUCCUCUAUCAGUUUUACUUAUCCCAUCUUUGAAAGAGGCAGCUGCAACCGGUUUAGAAGGAUCAGCAGUGAAUGCUGUUAUAAACUCCCUUGUGAAUAUGGAGCGCAUAAAGCCGGGGUCUUCAGAAAUUAUUGUCAGAAGUUUACUUCAGAGAAUGUCAAGUUCAAAGGAACCUUCUCUAAAGGAUCUUCAGGAACUGGCGGCUGCUUUAUUGUCGAAGGGCAAAACCACCUCUGCUGAAGAAGCUCAAAAUGCAAAGAGACAACAGCCCAAAGAUUUCAACUCAAAUGCCAAUUUAAGCCCUCUUGCAAGGUUUCUCCUCUCAAGAUGGCAAGGUCGAGAGGCAUAAAUCUGUAAUGGGUGGAGAAAAAGGGACUGGAGAGGAGGGACAACUUAACUUUUGCUUGGGAGAGAACCUUGAAGGAGAGAAAGGCCAAUGAUACUCUUUGAUUAUUAGUUUGUUCAUUUGUUGUUGUAGUGUUUUUGCCAACCAAACUUCCUACCUCUGUCUAUUCAUUCUUUGUUCUGGAUUUCCGAUGUACAUAAACAUAAUCAUUAUUACCAUUAUUACUACUACACUACAUAAUCAUUGUAUGGGGGAAAGGAAAAAUUCUUUGAUCUUUAAGCUCAGACUUUCUAUAGGCUCUUUCGUUUGGGUUGGUUGAGGUUAUCGAGCUGCGAACCAUGUCGUGCAACUUACGGUAUUCUGUAAUAUAACCGUGCAAUGUAAGUUAUUUGUUGCAAGUGGCCCAAACUGGUCAGGAGUGUAAAAUCUUGCACAGGGAUUACUGUUUGCAAGUUGCAACUCCAACUUGUUCCUCUCAGAUCUGGCAUGUAUAUGGAAAGAAUGGGUUACAACCUUUGAUAUAAAAUUGAGCCGGAUUUCGGAUGCAUACAAAACUGGGUUUGUUGUACGCUAAGUGCUUCUGUGCAUACAAUACACCAUUAUUCUCUGGAAACCUGGAUUACCUUUUCUUAGGAGGCUGCCUUGAAGUUGGAGCCAGUUUCCGGAAGGUGGCAUGCAAAAUUGUGACUGCGUAGCUGACCGCAACAGCACAAAGGAGAGCCUUUUGAACAUUCAGGAUUAUCAAUAUAACUGCAGUUGCACAUUGUGCAGUGCGAACCAAGACCUGCCGAAGCACAGGGUACCUUUCCCAUCCCCAUCUUUCAUUAGAAAACUUGAACAUGUCCCAAACAGCCAAACACGAAAUCAAUCCCACGAGAGCCAGCGGCAUUUGAUACAGAGAACAGGCGAAGAACACGAUGAAAAGAGUGGCAUAAUUCCUGGCGUAACGCUUUACAUUCUCGGUGACCCGGAGCCUGGCCUGGUGCGACCCGGACGGAAACGAGUAGGACCCGCAGUCCCCGAUGAAGGCCGACGUCCACGAAGGAGUCGGCGCCGAGAAAUCAGCGGCGGUGAGCUUGGAGAAAGGGUUGGUGGAGAAGACGGAGAGGAGGACGGAGACGGCGGGAAACAAGGAAUCGAAAAAGAACCCACCGGUUAGCGAUGCGUGGUCGAAAUCGGUGGCUGCCGCCGCCGCCGUGUCGCUAGUAGAGGUGGCGCUGACUGUGGUUGCGGCGGCGGAGGAGGAAGAGUGUUGAUCGAUGAGCUCCAGGUAGCCGGAAUCGCGGAGCCAGGACUCGAAUUCUGCGUCGGGAACGCUUACGGAUAAAGGAUUCGCUGCGAACGCCAUUUUUCCCCCACACGCACAAGUGAUUCUCUUGCCGGCGAGAAAGGGAUUAGGUAAAAGCGCGCACCCGCCAUUUUUGCUCUAUUGAUACCCGCCAAAACGGAGCCGUUAAAGGAAACGACUUUCGUUCAAUCUGAACAAGGCUCUCAUUCACCGCUCUUCUCCUCUCUUCCCGCUCCCGAGUCUCGUUAAUACCACCAAGCCCGAUUAUCCCUUCUUUAGACGUUCAUGCUUCUCCUCUAACAUCCCCACUUCUUCUUCUCGUGCAACAUUUUCAUCAGUUUCGGCAGCGAGUCCUGCCACUUCAACCGACUGGAAUUACCAGAGCUACGUUUCCGUCCGGAUUCGAUGCCCGCGGCAUGCUUACGAAUCGUUUUCAGAAGCUUUGCUAUGCUUCGGAGCAAGUUCAAGCAGCGUGGAUGGUGAUGGUGCUGGUGAAGAGGAAGAAUGUGGAGGAGGAGAUGGUUCAUAUGGCCUUAAUGAGGUUGUUAUUGAUUCUGUAUUCGUGGAGUGCCAAGAUGUCAAAGCGUGCAUUGCGAAAGCUGCCAAUGCUGCUGGUUUGAAGAAGACACCGAGCUAUCAGGUUAAGACGGGUGCCCAGGAUGACUGGAUUCGGCAAUCUCUGGAAUCAUUUGAUCCAGUCGAAGUUACUCAAGGGCUUUGGAUUGUGCCAGAAUUGAAAUCUCCGCCAGAUAUUAAUGCGACUAAUAUAAUCCUCAAACCUGGUUUUGCUUUUGGAACUGGGGAGCAUCCUACUACAAAGUUGUGUUUAUUGCUGCUAAAAGGUUUGAUAAAAGGAGGAGAAUGUUUCUUGGACUAUGGAACCGGUUCUGGAGUUCUUGCAAUUGCAGCACUUAAGUUUGGUGCAGCUGUGUCAUUUGGAAUCGAUGUAGAUGAGCAAGCAAUUGAAUUAGCACGUCACAAUGCUGUUCUGAACAACAUGGGACCUGAGAAAAUGAAGCUGGACUUAGUUUCUGGCGAUAAAAUGCCUUCUCCAAUGGGUUCAAGGACAGCUGGAGUGUUCAUGGAAACUGAAACAUGUGAUGUUGUCGUGGCUAACAUACUUCUGAAUCCUCUCCUGGAACUUGCAGAUGACAUUGUCUCUUUUGCCAAACCUGGAGCCGUUAUUGGGUUAUCUGGGAUUCUGUCUGAGCAGUUCUGCAGGUGCCACUUAUUACCGACAGGUACUCGCAGUUCUGGGAAGACCAGUCAGUUGUAGAAAUGGAUGGCUGGGCUUGUGUUAGUGGAACAAAGAGAGCCAAACCAAACCUAUGAGAAGGUGAGAGUUUCUCUCUAACCCUGUGGUUCAAAGUAUGGUGUAACAGCCACUUGAUCAAACUUUUGUUGGCACAUCAUCUGUGUAAUACGCUUACUAAUUAAGCAAUACUAAUAGGCAUUUCCUGAUGAAGUGCUCCACUUAAUAACACACAUGGAAUGGAAUUAAAAACAGAAAUACACAGUAAUUGGCAAGGUAAUUAGUUAAUUACACUGUACAUCAACAGGAAAGAUAGAACAAGAUGAUGCAGUAGGUUCCUGUAAUCAUGUCCUUCUAAAUUACAUCUCACCAGUACUGCAAAACACAGCAGCACAACAAAGAAGUGGCCGCUCAUCUCUCCAUGUAACAUGAACUUGUAU